AUUGCGAGGCUUCAGAGUGCAAGGAAUUUUGUUGGUACUUCUAAACCGUUCUCAAAAAUGUCGGCAAGGUACGAUCGUGCUGUUACUGUUUUUUCACCCGAUGGCCACUUGCUGCAAGUAGAAUACGCCCAAGAAGCAGUCCGCAAAGGAUCGACUGCGAUUGGCGUUCGUGGCAAAGAUGUAGUGGUUCUUGGCGUUGAGAAAAAGUCAGUGGCCAAAUUGCAAGAAGAACGCACGGUGCGUAAGAUAUGCCUGUUGGAUCAUCAUGUUGUCAUGGCCUUCGCAGGAUUAACAGCGGAUGCACGAGUGUUGAUCAACCGUGCGCAAGUGGAGUGCCAGUCGCACAAGUUAAACGUUGAAGAUCCUGUAACAUUGGAGUACAUUACUCGCUAUAUUGCUGGUCUGAAGCAAAAAUACACCCAGAGUAACGGCCGCCGUCCCUUCGGAAUUUCUUGCCUCAUCGGUGGUUUUGAUUAUGAUGGUAAACCACACUUGUACCAAACGGAACCAUCCGGCGUAUACUGCGAGUGGAAAGCCAAUGCAACUGGCCGCUCAGCGAAGACUGUUCGGGAAUUUCUCGAAGCUCAGUAUACCCCCGAAACAGUUAGCACUGAAAAGGGAACCAUAACCUUGGCUAUUCGCGCUUUACUGGAAGUGGUACAGUCAGGGCAGAAAAACCUCGAGGUAGCUGUUAUGCGCCGUGAUAGACCGAUGACCAUGUUGGAUACAGCAACGAUUGAAAACUACGUUAAAACCAUUGAAGCUGAAAAAGAAGAGGAGGCCGAAAAGAAGAAACUGAAGAAAUGAUCGAUGCAUUAAGGCAAUUAUUAUGUAUCAGCAUGUCUUUUCUGAUUUCUGUUUCUGAAGGUUCUGGAAAACUAAAUAAAAUAAUUUGAUUUUUCCAUCUAUAAAAU